AUGGAUUUGGCAUAUGCUGCUGGCCGAGCUGGAGGCACCAUGACUGGAGUUCUUAGUGCAGCUAUCAAGAAAGCUGUCGAACCAAUUAUCGAUGAAAAGAUCAGCUUCCUGGACAUUUUUAAGGUCGUGGAGCUAACAUCUGAUAAGCAUCAGGCAGAGCUGCUGUCUUCGCCUUCGGUUGAGGAAAUCAUACAUUAUGACUUGUGGGCACAGCGAUAUGCUGCCAGUUUCCAACCCUCGGCUGGUUUGAGUCCGGUUCUUGUAUGACCACUCGACAUUCGAGUCGAUAAAUGGCCAUCUUUGUUGAGGUAUGCAAUGCAGGAAGCUAAUUGUAUACCAGUGUUGAAGAUGAACAAGUCUGUAUUCCAUCUAUAAGUUUUAAAUCAAUGUACUCAUCUCCAAAUAUGAAGGAUGGUCGUAUUAAUAUUGAAAUAUCCGAAAUUUAAGCUUAUGUUUUUGGACCAUAUUU